AUGUGUACAAACAUUCCCCUAUACAAAUGUGUACAAACAUUCCCCUAUACAAAUGUGUACAAACAUUCCCUUGCGUACAAACAUUACGAUAUAGAUAUAUAUACGCAACACCCUCCCACACCCCUGCCAACCGCACAGAUCUUACAGAAAACCCUCAAGACCAAACUCACAAGCAUCAAACUAGCCAUACCCCCCCGGCCACGAGAGGCUGUGAUGGUAGGAGCUGUGAUGCUCGGUCUAAAGACACACAUGACCAUCAAAGAACGUGUGAGUGUGUGUGCGUAUGGGCUCCGAUCCACCACGACUGUAGUGGAUAAGUAUCCUCGUCAUCUGCACGUGUUUGACGCCACACUCAGGCGAACGGUGGUGGCGGAUGUCUUCGCGACUGUGGUUGAGAAGGGGCAGAAGCUGGCAACAGGACAUAAGGCAU